UGCCCGUUUCACCACACACUUUUUGCACAUCCCUAAGCCAAAUAGACUGCAUUUUCAUUUUCGUUUAUUUUUCGCACACAAAAUGGCUAGCACUGUCCGUAAAUCCGUGUAGAAACGCUCGCCAGUCGGAUUUCAGUUAACAAAAUGUCCUUGCAGGCCGGGUCGAGUGGCGGCGGUGGUAAUCCCGAGGAGGCGCGUCGCAUCUGGGUUGGGAAUCUGGACUCACGGAUCACCGAUUCGACAUGCUGUUCCACAAGGGCGGUCCCAUGGUGGGACAAUCCAGGGGCUACGCCUUCGUCACCUUCGCGCAGAACGAGGGAGCCACCAAUGCGCUGCUGAAACUGGAUGGAACCAGCGUGGGAAAUCGCUCGAUAGCCGUACGUUUGGCCAAGAACAUAAAAUAUGAUGAAAUGCAGAAGCCCAAGCCGCGCCUGGAUAUACCGGCCUUGGGUACAGGUAAACGCGAGGAGAAGGUCAGCAAAACGGAGGCCAUUCGGGCCAUUGAGGCCAAGCUGAAAUUGCUGGAGCGCCAGACUGACGACAAUCUCGAGCUGAAUACAGCGGGCAGGGGCGAGGCCAACGUGCCCUUCAUCCAGCGCUACCAGUUCAACAAAGACCGGGACGCAUCGCAGCGUUACGGCAAGUCAUCGGCUCCAUAUCAUCGCCAGCAGCGUCCCAAGCGCCACUAGGCUCACUCGGACCCACACUCGACUUUGCCACCGUCUCACGCAGUAGUCUGUAAAAAUCAUUAGUACAUAGGGCGCUACCUCAGCAGACGAGCCUUGCAGGUGUAAUUUACAAUUAAUUUAUUAAAAAAAAGGUACAAUCAGAA